GUCUAACAGGAGUACAAGAAUAAGGCUUUCCUGUUGUCUGUCUUGAGGAUGACACUAAGAAUAUAGGCUCUGCAAAGUUUCUUCAUUUCACUCACAUCAGAUCAUCUAAUAUGCUGCCCAAAGAACACAGCAGGGUCACGGGGGUCUGCUGGAGCCUAUCAUGUGCUUUGAGAAGCUAGUCAUGAAACACAUAAAGAGCAGUCUUCCAACAGUACUGGACCCAUUCCAGGAUGCCUACUACCCUAUCUGAUCAGCAGAGAACAAGAUAUCUGCAGCCAUCAACCUGUCUCUGAGCUACUGCACUGCUGUUUACAUCCUGACUCAUGACUGUGAUACUACAUUGAUGAUGAUACUGCAGUGGUGGCCCUCUUCAGCAACAAUGAUGAGAUGCAGGCAGAGCAGCUCUCACAAUGGUGCAAUGUGAGGGCAAAGCAGCCAAACUCACGCAGUAUGAAAAGAAGCUUGAAGUUCCCAAGAAAGAAGAGAAGAUGCGUUACGUGGAGCCACCUGAUGGAGGAUGGGGCUGGAUGGUGGUUCUACACUGCUUUCUGGUGAACGUGCUGGUGAUGGGGACCUUGAAGACUUUUGGGAUCUUCUUCGUGGUGCUGCAGGACGAGUUCGGUGGCUCGUCCGAGAGCAUCAGCUGGAUCGGCUCCAUCAUGUCCAGCAUCAGACUCUCAGGAGGUCCGCUGGCCUCUGUAGCGUGUGCUAAGCUGGGGAACAGAGUCACUUCCGUCAUUGGAGCCCUACUGGUGACUGCAGGAUUUCUCAUCAGCAUUUUUGCUAAUAGUAUCGUCUACCUAUACAUCAGCAUGGGGAUGGUGGUGGGUCUUGGCUUUGCACUGCUGUACCAAGCCUCAUCUGUUGUGACUGCAACUUAUUUCCGUAAGAGAUUAGCCACGGCAUACUCCAUUGGCCGCUCUGGCAUGGGCUUGACCUUUGCGCUGGCACCCUUCACACAGCUGCUUCUGGAUCAGUAUGCAUGGCAGGGAGCUCUAUUGAUUUUGGGUGGUCUGAUGUUGAACCUGGUGGCUUCUGCAAUGCUACUGAGGCCCAUCCAAACGCAGCCUGCUGUCUUUCCUCGGCCAUCUUCCCCCACCCUCUGCAAAGAUCUGCCUGCCUCUCUGACACAAACGGAGAAGGAAACUCUUGAGAACAGUCAAAAUGUGACUCUAGCCAUGUCUAAUGGCAUUGCCAAAACAGAAGCCCCUUCCAUACACAAGGAUACACUUAUCACUGAGAACACAUCUCUUGGGCAGUGUAUGCACCCAGCUUUAGAGCUAACAAACCUGGUCCAGAAUGGUGGCAAUGAACUGGACAAUUGUCCAGUAAAUGUUUGUCCAGAGACAAAUGGCAAACUGACAGUGAAUUCCUUAGUACAGGAGAAGACUCCAACCAAAAAAGCCAAAGUUUUGGAUUUCUCACUCUUAAAAAAUCCUUUUUUUUGCAUAUAUACCUGGUCACUGGUUUUCAGUCAGUUAGCCUACUUUAUCCCCUACUUCCACCUGUCAGCGCGAGCCAGGACUUUGGGCAUUGACCCCAUGGAUGCAUCUUUUAUCAUAUCUGUGGCAGGUAUAACUGAAACUGUGGCUCAGCUGGCCUCUGGCUGGGUGACAGACAGGAACCUGGUCCAUAAGUACCACUACCACAAGGCCUAUCUGAUCCUUUGCGGGAUUGUCAACCUGCUCUCUCCCCUUGCCACCUCAUAUGUCCAGCUCAUGAUCUAUGCCGUGUUCUUUGCCAUCUUCUGUGGAGGUUACAUGGCUCUGCUCCUGCCGGUCCUGGUUGACUUGGUAGGGUCUGAAAAAGUGAACAACUCUAUGGGGUUUUCCAUGUUCUUUGUGGGGCUUGGCUGUCUAACAGGUCCUCCACUGGCAGGUUUCCUAUACGACUAUACCCGAACCUACGACUGCUCCUUCUACUUAGCUGGUGUGUGUUACCUGCUCUCGUCAGUCUCUCUCUUCCUGGAGCCACUCGCUCAGCACUGGCAGGCCAGAAAAAAGCAGCAGGAGCUGCACAACAAAGAGCUGGGGUGGAGCAGCGGCUGCUUCUGUUCAGCAUCUCAGAAAAACGGGGUAGUAUAACUAUACCGCAUGGCAAAAAAAAAAAGUGACUUCAUCCUCCUACAGCGGACUUGUCCUCAGCUUUGCAUUACAGUGCAGUGGCACCAGCCUUUUGAGAGAAGGAGGUUUUUGUAAGAGGCACAGUGAACGACCAACUUAGUCACAAUGUUUGAAGACACCAUCAUGGAUGAUGAUUCAGAUGAUGUCGUCUCUAAAUUCCAGUGAAGCAAAAUGACUUCAUGUAUUAGAUUAUAAACUUUUAUCUUUUUACCAAACUUUCAAUUUAAGAGAACCGGCAACUUUUCAUUUAAUGUCUCCCAAAUAUAUAUGAUAAUACAUGUAUGAGACUGAUAGUGUGUGCUUUUCUUAGCAUGCUAUAAAUAACAUUUUUGUUAUCAAACAGCGAUCAACAUAAUAUUCAAAUAUUACCCUUAAAAUGUAGAUUAUUAUCUAUGCAAUGUGUCUGCUGGUUUGAGGUCAAGGUUUUUCCCCGUAAUACAGGUUUAUACAGGUUUAUUUUGAUGCUCUGCUAGAAGUUCCAGUCAGCAGUCUUAAUACUCAUGUAUGAGACUUAAACACUACAUAAAUAGAUUUAUUAUUGUUUUCAAAUAUAUUCGACGGUGUAUUUGGGUCACUGUGUCUCUGGACCUUGGAAAUGGCUUUUUCCCCAGCCGGUGGUCUCAAAUUUACAGUUGUGCCAGCAACCAUUGACUAAGAUGAAAAGUAUUUCCAAAACAAAAUGGCUUUAAACCGCUUUAAUCCUGACAGGAGUGAAAAUACUUCAAGGGCUCAGUCUAAAAGAUUUAGGGCAUUGUGCUUACAGCUACAGCCUUGUUUUAGACAUUUUGUUUUCUGAAAACUGUAAUUUGUAUCAACAUUGCUGUAGUGUUGUUUUUAUCACCAUUAGUUGCCUUUUGUGUACUGCAUAACUGUAUUAACUAUUGAGAUAUGAGCCAAAGAUGCAAGAGAUUUGAAAUUUUUUGUUUUUUGCAUUUUACUCUCAGGCUUGUGUAGACUUUCUUUUUUUUUUUUUGUUCAUUUAUCUUUAAA